AUGAUGAAAGAACCUGAGAAGAUCAUAAAAAAACAACACAUAAAUGGAUAACUUAAAUAUUAAGUGAAAUGGAAAGGAUUUGAUGAAACAACUUGGGAAGUAGAAGAAAAUGUAAAAAAGUACAAAGAGCUAAUUGAAGAUUUUAACUAUUUCUGUUUGACAGGAGAAAGAUAUGACGACAAGAAACUGGAUGAAAUUAGAUAAAUUACAGCAUAAGCCUAACCCAGAACUGCAAUAAAAAGAGUGGCUGGACCCAGACCUCCUGAUCCUAAUAAAAAGGAGAAAAAGGCAGAAAAAGUAGAUCAAAAAUAUUCAGAAAUUAGUGAAACAUUAUCUUAGAGCCAACUUGAGAAUGGCAAUAACAACACUAUUCAAUUUGCAUCUAAUAAUAAUAAUACUCAAAAUAGCAACGAAAACUAAACUUCUAACAUCUCCAAUUAAAGUAAUGUAGUUUCAAAUUCAUAAACAGCAUUGAUUGUCAAUAUGCAUUAAUAGAAUCAUAAAACUGGCAGCAUAAUCUCGUUAAAGUAACAGGAAUUAACUUAGUAAAUUUUAUUAUUUAUUUUUAUUAGAAAAGUAACAUAACACUAUGCAAAUUAAGAUGACAAAUUAGCCAUGAUAAAAUUGUAAAUAACUGAGGAUAAUUGUGUUUUCUAAUUACAAUGGAAAUAGAGAGCAGAUGGAAUAACACCACUUCCGGAAUUUUACAGUUAUGACUAGUUUAAAUUACAGGCUCCAUUGUUUUUUAUUAAAUUCAUAGAGACUUGUCUAUUGGAGUGUUCAAGCAGUGAUAGUGACAUCAAGUAAUAAAUCAAUAUUUAACUUUAGAUUUGAAAUAGCAGGAAAAGACUUGUUAGAAAAAACAAAUUUAAUCAAAGGAGCAUUAUAAAAAAGAGAAGAAAGUGACAAAAAGAAAAGUGCUCAACCAUAAUUGAUAUCCUGA